GUAGGAAGCCGUGAGCAGCGUCUCGAUGAGGAUGAUGCGGAUCACCAGGAUGCCCAAUGGCGAGUGCACUCAAGGGCUGCCAGGGAGCAGCUCAAUCUAUCCAAUUCCUUCAGCCCCUGGACCUCUAGGGAAAGCUUCGCAGGCGAAGGUCUCUCUUUGACAGAGCGGGUCAAGGAUGUGAUUGAUGUCACAGCAGCGAAAGCAGCUGCAAGUGCAGCAGGACAGUUUUCGUUGAACUCCAUCUACGUUGAUGUCAGCCAAUCUGUGGCGCGGAGUGUCUUCACGAAUCCACAAGGCAUCACCCCGUGCUUCACCUCUGCAACCCAACUUUAUAGCUACAAAGAAGACCGAGUCAUUUUACCAGAAGAGAUGCUGUCAGUACACGGAUUCGGCGCAGUCUUCGUUCCUGAGUCGGUUGGCAUGAAGGAUCUUAAAAAAAUGGCCGGCUGCGGGAUGAGCCUACCGUGCGUAGGCACAGUCCUGCUUGCCUUCCACGUGAUGAGGCCAACACAAGAGCUGGGCAAGCCGGUCUCGGAUGCAAGGGGCUCGUUCGGUUCCAACAUCUUCUUUCCAGAGGAUGAGUGCCCCGCAGGCCUCACGACUGCUGGUGUCUCAUGCUACGCGCCGAAAGAUGCAGAAGGCCACGCCUUCUGCUCCUGUGCAGCCAAGCAGACCAACCAAGGGGACCACAAUUUUCAUGCUGUGAUUGAAGAUGCGUGUCUGCGGUGCCAUGUGGCAGUGGAGACAGGGCACGGCAGAGAGUGGAGUGCUGGUGUGCAAGAGUGCAGGGAGAACAAGGACUUCAACGAGUCUGUCACCAGAACUUGCAAGCAGCUCGAGCUUGUAGAGAAUGGGCAGCCUGCUGAAAGCUUCUAUCCUCCUUCCGCUGUAGAGUCGAUCCACAUUUGUGGAGAAUACUCGUUUGUGGAAAUAUUGUUUUUGUCCACAGAGCAAGUGCUGCGUCACGCAGGCGCGUUGCCUCAUGAAUUGGGGCUGCCGCUUGCAUCCAGACUUGCCGAAGAUGGCAAAACCUUGUUAUCAGGAUGUUAUCUCAGGGCUGACGACCUUCCAGAGAGCGUCACGUGGCAGACGUUCAACGGAUUUAGGAGAGUGAGACUGUUUUCGAACACGCACUACCAGCACUCGAAGAAAGUGCUUCAGCCGAAGGACCAGAUCGCCCCUGAACAAGGUGCGGCGCUGGUGCGACUGUUGGAUGGUCGGCGUGCUCAGAAAGACCAGCUGCGGCCAUGUAUCAACAAGGAAGAUGGUCCAGUCCUGUCAGAGCUCAAGUCCUUGAUGGAGCUGAAGCGCAAAGUCGAGCACAUGAACACGCAGAGACGCGAGGCGGAGCUCGAAUUGGCAAGGAGGAUCCAGGGCUCGAAUCCUGGCGAGGGACUGCCUGAGCAAGCCCCCAUUGUGGAUGAGAUCAAGAAGGCCGCUCUGGACAAGUUCUCUUUGUCUGGAGCUGAUGCUGCGAAUGCCCCGUACAACUCCACCCUGAGGCGUCAGAGAAGGAAGACUGGUGGCAAGGCGGCCAGUGAGCAACCUGAGGCAGUUUCUGAAGCUUCCAAGGCUCCGACUUCAAAGUCAGGGAAGGCUAGUCAAAGUCAGGCAGCCAAUGAGAAGCCUGAGGACUCUGAGGCUCAGAUCAGAGCAGCCCUGGACCAUGACAAGCCCAUGAUGAAGGUCGCCUUGGCUUUGAAGACCUUGCCGGAGUGUUUGCCAGCGCUUGACCCGCGCAAGUGCAUGUCGGGGGUGAAGCUAGGCAACCAGUGUUUCGCUGCAAAACGCCUGCUCCCAUCGCUCAAGGGCAUGAAUGAGGAGACCAUGUUGCAAAAGCGGAUAACGCUCAUUGAGGCCAUCCAGGAACUUGUGCAAUCCAAAGACUUGCACAAGAUGGAGAAGAAGGAUCGCUUGCGUUUGUAUCAGCUAGUUGCCUCAAACGACAUUCCGCCGUCUGAGCAGCUGAAGCUCAGCGUGGUCCACCUUGCAGCGGCAGAGCAGGCUCGGCAGAUGGUGAACACCAAGGCAGUCGCAGACCUUGAGCUCUACUUGGGUAUCAUCAUGCCGUUUCCUGCCGAGAUCUCGGAUGGAUGGGAUUUCUUCAGCCCAACACUCGGUUCUGUUGUCAUGGAAGCUGUGGGAGAAGCAGAAGAGCAGGAUGAUUCCUCGGGUUGGGGCGUUUUGGUCAAGAAGGAAGAAGCGACCUGCGCAGCCGCCAAGGCUGUUGUGGUGCAGCAGACUGGAGAUUGGCAGGCUUUGGCGGACUGCCUGCUGCGAAGUUUCUCCUGCAACCCAAUCUUGAAGAUGCUUGAGGCAGCCACCUCUGAUGACACGGCUUCCUUCCUCCUUCGCUUUGUUGAAAGACUCGUGGCAGUCUGGGCCCUGCAAGAGGUUCCAAAGAUGCCGGAUAGCUUUCAACCUUUCGAAGCCGCCAUGCAGAACAUUGAGAGAUGGUGCAAGUCCAUCAUCGCUGUGCUCAGCCCUGUCCCAAGACACCUUGGCAGCAGCGUCUUCCUUGUGGACCAGGUGGUCAAGAGCCCAGACUUCAUGGACACAGAGCUUCGGGACAUUCUCCGGGACAGUGACUUCUGGAAGGGCAAACUGAAGGCAGCUCGCCAAGUGGCGUCUGCGGAAGCUGAGUUUGCAGGUGAGAUCCAGACUCGCAUCAAUAGCCUCAAGGGAGCCAACAAUAUGGUGCUUAGUGUGGCUGCAGCCAUUCAAGCUAUUGAUGCAAGGAGCGAGAUGCAGAAGCAACUGCGUCCUGGCGCCCUGCAGCCUCUGGAAGAAAUUCUAGCCAACAAGCUCCUUUCGGUCGCAGACGAGGUCUUGGCAGCGGAUGCCCAGAAUUGCACAAAGGUGGCCAUUGAUUGUGACUGGCUUAUCGAUGCAUUGUGCUCCUUGCCAUCGACCCCCGGGUCUGAGCGAGUUGCUGAGGUAGUGAUCCAGCUUCAGCAGUGGAAGGAAGCCAACUUCUCCACACUGGUCCUGAGGGAAUUGGCCGAGCUUGCCCGGUCCCACCAAGAUAGAGAAGAGCCAUUGCAGAUCAGGGAGCUGCAGAGGAUCUUGGACCAGGUAGGCAAGUCCUAUGACCUCCUCGAUGCCAAGUCCCAGGCAGAUGUGGAUUUCAUGCUUGCGGCUGCUCUCAAAGUUCUGAUGGCGAAGGCGAAUCUCUUGGAGAUGGACGCUUCCCUAAUGAACCAGAUCAUCGAAAUGAAGAAGGACAUUGUAAGCUUCAAGCGCGUUCUGUCGGUUCUCGGUGGUCAUCCCCAAGCUGAGUGGAUUUCUUGGCAGCUCACGAUGCACGAGGAGUUUGCUUGCCACCAGUCUGCCUUGAAAGGCAUCCGGGAUCUUGGUAGCUCUGCUGAUGCUCAAGUGCAGAGCGACAGCAAGGGUGUGUGCCUGGAGGCCUGGAUGCGAGUGUGCACUUUGUUGCGGCCUAUGACAGCCAAGUCCCAACAGCUGGAGGUUGAUAUGUCAACUAGGGCUGCCAACAUGGAGGUCCCGGAGGCAGAGGCCAAGACUUUGUCAGCGUUCCUGGAAGUUUCAUGCGCAGAGAAGUACAUUGAAGUUCUUGCAGUGAAGCACGACUUCUUGGUUGCAUGGUGCAAAUGGCAUGCAGACACAGUGCAAAAUUAUGUCGGCAAGCUGCUGGAGAAUGUCAAAGGUAUGCAGGGCAACGGCGAUGCUUCUUGGAAGGCGAAGUUGGAUGCCAGUACUGACCUCAAAGAGGUUCUUGCAGCUGGCGAGGAGAUCUUCAACAAGCUAGAUGGAGCUCUUGUCCAGAGUUCCAGAGAGGAGCUUGAUCAGGCCAUGAAGUUUGCGCACUUCUUGCAGAAGAUGGCGGAUGCAAUCAGCAAGGAAGAUGCGAGUUCAGUGUCAGCGGCUGUGAAGACCGGGCAAACUUUGAGCCAGGAGUGUGAGGUCCUGGUCCUUGAGGGCAUGAUGAUCCGCGGCUUGCAGAAGAAAACGCUUCAAAAGAAGCUCGACCUCAUCCAAUCCCAACUUGACAAGAUGGAUGAGUCCAAGAUAGCAGAUGUCAAGAUCCAGCCGGUGUUGUUGGAGAGCGCUAGAAGUUUAGUCAACAAGGGCACCAAAAGGAAGAAGCCAGCUGAGGCUGAGGUUGACAUCGAGGAUGCCGAG